GUGGCGCCGAGCGGGUCGACGACGCGCGCGAACGCGUUCGAGUCGUCGCGCGCCGGCGGCGAAUCCAUCUCGCCGUACGCGUAUCGCCUCCGAUGGCCGAGCGGAUGGUGCGCGCUGCGCGACCUCGCGAGCGCGCGAACCGUGGGCGUCGACGCGUCGUUUAAGGAUCCGCUGGACGAGGCGAGCACGCUCGCGGUGUUCGUGACGCGCGGCGUUCGCGAACGCGACGUCGCGUCGCGAUACGGAACGCUCGAUGAAGACGCGAGACGACGCGCGGACGCCGCGCCGAAUCAAAAAACCAUAGGCAAGAGGACCGUGCGCGUGUCCGUGCCGCGCGGCGACGGCGCCGGUCGCGUCGUCGUCGAGGCGCACGAGAUCGAAACCGAAGUCGGCGGCGGCACCGCCGGCAGGUUCGGCGCCGCCGUCGAGCUCAUCCGCGUCUGGGUAGCGGACGGCUCCGAGUGGUGCGUUCGCGCCACGGCGAGUAAAUCCGCGUGGCCGCGCGUUCGCGGCGAGCUUCGUCGCGCCGUCGAUAGCUUUGAGUUCGCGUGA